GGGCUGGGCUGGGCUGACCUGGAGGACAAAGAUGGCCGUGUCUACGCCAAGGCCAGAGACCUCUGGGUGGCGCUACCCAUCGCCGUAGCCUUCCUCGUAAUACGACAGAUCUUCGAGAGGUACGUCUGUCCGUCUGUCUGUUUGGCUGGCUGGCUGACUGUCAUCCCUCAUAAGCUAAAUGCUCUGCCUCUUUCACCCGUCUGUCUACAUGUGUUUUAUACCUCUUCUUUCUACUCUUCUUCUUCCUUUCCUAUGCCUCUCCCUCUUCUCCCCCCUCCUCCACGUGCUCCACCCUUUUUCUCCUUCCCUCCCUCCCAUCUCAUCCCUCUCUCCCCUCCUCUCUGUGUGGGCAGGUUAGUGGCCACUCCCCUGGCUGCUGUCAUGGGGGUGAAGGAGAAAGUUAGGCUCACAGUGUCACACAACCCCACACUGGAGUCAUUCUACUGUAACACAACCAAGAACCCCACACAGGUAACACAACUAGAAAUGACUACACACGCGCACGCAAGCACAGAGACACAUGUACGCACGCACACGUUAACACUACACAAUUGCUACAGAUCUUAAUUUGUUCACUUUUGUUGCAAAAAACAUUCUGCACAGCAGGAAAUGCAAACUUGUAGUGUUUUUGAGUUUUAAAAAGGCUUCUAAAGUUUGUCAUUUCAGACUUGGUUUGCCCUAACGAAAAAUGUAUCAACCCCUACACAAAUGUCCAUCCACCUAAUAAUUCACAUUUCCUGUUGCUGCAGAAUAAUUUUCCUGCUGUAGCAAACUGACUCAAAUUAAGGUCCUACAUCUGUAUACAGCACCACACAAAUCAUUAUGCUAAACUGGAUCCCCUUCUACCCUUCUGUCUCUCUCUCCCGCUCUCCCGCUCUCCUACAGAGUUCUAUAGACAGCCUGUGUAAGCAGACAGGUUGUUCAGAGAGACAGGUGCAGAGAUGGUUCAGGAGACGCAGGAACCAGGACCGACCCAGUCUACUGAAGAAGUUCAAAGAGGCCAGGUACACACAACACACAUAUACACACACACACACAAAUAUCCACAUGCAUACAGACACCCACACAUGAACACACACACACAAAACAAGAUAACAAAACAACAGCUUCACAAACAGCUGCUCUAAUCAAAUCAGCACAUGUCUGCGUGUAAAAGCAUGAGUCUAUUUACAGUAUAUCUGACACUCAUUAUAUUGCCAGCCUGGUUUUAUCAAGGCUGCUCCUACCCCCAGGGCCACACACACAUACAUACAUACACACACACACACACACACACACACACACACACACACACACACACACACACAUACACACACUGCCCGCCCCUCGCUCCCUCACCAGUCCCAGGAGACAGUUUGGCCCUAUCAGCAGAAUCAGUUUAUAUCCAAGCAGUGUGUGUCAUUGUUAUAGGACUGAGACAAUGACUGUGUUACACUAAUACUGAGAUCACUACAUGAGACAGCGCCCUAAGCCAGAACUACUGACAGACAGCAGCCUCUUAUAGAAGACUGGCCUCUCAUUCUGUUAUGUGUAUGGUACAUGGUAAUGCGCUACUGUUUAAUAUAGGAUCCCAAAUCAAUUAUGCGAUUAUGCGUCAUUCCUUGAUAAUGUCCAGUAGCCAUUGUAGAGCAUGAUACCUGUAUCUGCAGUUCUGUGUCUUAGAAUAUGUAGAUAACAAGUGUAGAUAACAACCUGUAGUUAAUAUCACAAUCACUAGUGUAGAUAACAACCUGUAGUUAAUAUCACAAUCACUAGUGUAGAUAACAACCUGUAGUUAAUAUCACAAUCACUAGUGUAGAUAACAACCUGUAGUUAAUAUCACAAUCACUAGUGUAGAUAACAACCUGUAGUUAAUAUCACAAUCACUAGUGUAGAUAACAACCUGUAGUUAAUAUCACAAUCACUAGUGUAGAUAACAACCUGUAGUUAAUAUCACAAUCACUAGUGUAGAUAACAACCUGUAGUUAAUAUCACAAUCACUAGUGUAGAUAACAACCUGUAGUUAAUAUCACAAUCACUAGUGUAGAUAACAACCUGUAGUUAAUAUCACAAUCACUAGUGUAGAUAACAACCUGUAGUUAAUAUCACAAUCACUAGUGUAGAUAACAACCUGUAGUUAAUAUCACAAUCACUAGUGUAGAUAACAACCUGUAGUUAAUAUCACAAUCACUAGUGUAGAUAACAACCUGUAGUUAAUAUCACAAUCACUAGUGUAGAUAACAACCUGUAGUUAAUAUCACAAUCACUAGUGUAGAUAACAACCUGUAGUUAAUAUCACAAUCACUAGUGUAGAUAACAACCUGUAGUUAAUAUCACAAUCACUAGUGUAGAUAACAACCUGUAGUUAAUAUCACAAUCACUAGUGGCAACAUCAUAUCAUCAUGUCAUUAUCAUCAUCAUUACAUCUAAAAUUCACACAGAUGAUUCUCAUGAGAUUAUGGAUGUGAUUUGUAUUGAGACGGUAUUCUCUGUGUGUACCCCAAGAGUUCAGUCUGUGUGUGUGUGUGUGUGUGCGUGUGCGUGCGUGCGUGUAUUGUUAGUUGUUAAUGGUGUGUAUCACUGUGUGUGUAUUGCGACAUCCCUGUCCUGAAUCAAUCUAGUGUUUAUCUUCACACAACAGCCUCACUGUCCCUCUCUCUCUCUUUGUCUCUCUGUCUCUCUCUUUCUCACACUGCGGUAUCCUACUCUCUCUCAGCCUUCUAUCUCCUUCCACUUCAUCUCUCUCUCCCUUAUUCCCCUGCUGAGUGUAUUAUUUCUCUUUAUCUCUUCCUUUCUUUCACCUCCUCAUCCUCCUAUAUCUGUAGUCAGCUGGUUGUUGUUGUACAGUACUGGAGGUCUAUAUCUGUAGUCAGCAGGUUGUUGUGUUGUACAGUACUGGAGGUCUCUCUCUGUAGUCAGCAGGUUGUUGUGUUGUACAGUACUGGAGGUCUCUAUCUGUAGUCAGCAGGUUGUUGUGUUGUAUAGUACUGGAGGUCUCUAUCUGUAGUCAGCAGGUUGUUGUGUUGUACAGUACUGGAGGUCUCUAUCUGUAGUCAGCAGGUUGUUGUGUUGUACAGUACUGGAGGUCUCUAUCUGUAGUCAGCAGGUUGUUGUGUUGGACAGUACUGGAGGUCUAUAUCUGUAGUCAGCUGGUUGUUGUUGUACAGUACUGGAGGUCUCUAUCUGUAGUCAGCAGGUGGUUGUGUUGGACAGUACUGGAGGUCUAUAUCUGUAGUCAGCUGGUUGUUGUUGUACAGUACUGGAGGUCUCUAUCUGUAGUCAGCAGGUUGUUGUGUUGUACAGUACUGGAGGUCUCUAUCUGUAGUCAGCAGGUUGUUGUGUUGUAUAGUACUGGAGGUCUAUAUCUGUAGUCAGCAGGUUGUUGUGUUGUACAGUACUGGAGGUCUCUAUCUGUAGUCAGCAGGUUGUUGUGUUGUAUAGUACUGGAGGUCUCUCUCUGUAGUCAGCAGGUUGUUGUGUUGUACAGUACUGGAGGUCUCGCUCUGUAUUCAGGAGGUUGUUGUUGUACAGUACUGGAGGUCUCUAUCUGUAGUCAGCAGGUUGUUGUGUUGUACAGUACUGGAGGUCUCUAUCUGUAGUCAGCAGGUUGUUGUGUUGUACAGUACUGGAGGUCUCUAUUUGUAGUCAGCAGGUUGUUGUUGUACAGUACCGGAGGUCUCUAUUUGUAGUCAGCAGGUUGUUGUUGUACAGUACCGGAGGUCUCUAUUUGUAGUCAGCAGGUUGUUGUUGUACAGUACCGGAGGUCUCUAUUUGUAGUCAGCAGGUUGUUGUGUUGUACAGUACUGGAGGUCUCUAUCUGUAGUCAGCAGGUUGUUGUGUUGUACAUUACUGGAGGUCUCGCUCUGUAUUCAGGAGGAUGUUGUUGUAUAGUACUGGAGGUCUCUCUCUGUAGUCAGCAGGUUGUUGUUGUGUUGUACAGUACUGGAGGUCUCGCUCUGUAUUCAGGAGGUUGUUGUUGUACAGUACUGGAGGUCUCUCUCUGUAGUCAGCAGGUUGUUGUGUUGUACAGUACUGGAGGUCUCUCUCUGUAGUCAGCAGGUUGUUGUGUUGUACAGUACUGGAGGUCUCUAUCUGUAGUCAGCAGGUUGUUGUGUUGUACAGUACUGGAGGUCUCUAUCUGUAGUCUGCAGGUUGUUGUGUUGUAUAGUACUGGAGGUCUAUAUCUGUAGUCAGCAGGUUGUUGUGUUGUACAGUACUGGAGGUCUCUCUCUGUAGUCAGCAGGUUGUUGUGUUGUACAGUACUGGAGGUCUCUCUCUGUAGUCAGCAGGUUGUUGUGUUGUACAGUACUGGAGGUCUCUAUCUGUAGUCAGCAGGUUGUUGUGUUGUACAGUACUGGAGGUCUCUAUCUGUAGUCAGCAGGUUGUUGUUGGACAGUACUGGAGGUCUAUAUCUGUAGUCAGCAGAUUGUUGUGUUGUACAGUACUGGAGGUCUCUAUCUGUAGUCAGCAGGUUGUUGUUGUACAGUACUGGAGGUCUCUAUCUGUAGUCAGCAGGUUGUUGUGUUGUACAGUACUGGAGGUCUCUAUCUGUAGUCAGCAGGUUGUUGUGUUGUACAGUACUGGAGGUCUCUAUCUGUAGUCAGCAGGUUGUUGUGUUGUACAGUACUGGAGGUCUCUCUCUGUAGUCAGCAGGUUGUUGUGUUGUACAGUACUGGAGGUCUCUAUCUGUAGUCAGCAGGUUGUUGUGUUGUACAGUACUGGAGGUCUCUAUCUGUAGUCAGCAGGUUGUUGUGUUGUAUAGUACUGGAGGUCUCUAUCUGUAGUCAGGAGGAUGUUGUUGUACAGUACUGGAGGUAUCUCUCUGUAGUCAGCAGGUUGUUGUUGUACAGUACUGGAGGUCUCGCUCUGUAUUCAGGAGGUUGUUGUUGUAUAGUACUGGAGGUAUCUCUCUGUAGUCAGCAGGUUGUUGUUGUACAGUACUGGAGGUCUCUCUCUGUAGUCAGCUGGUUGUUGUUGGACAGUACUGGAGGUCUCUCUCUGUAGUCAGCAGGUUGUUGUGUUGUACAGUACUGGAGGUCUCUAUCUGUAGUCAGCAGGUUGUUGUUGUAUAGUACUGGAGGUCUCUAUCUGUAGUCAGCAGGUUGUUGUUGUACAGUACUGGAGGUCUCUCUCUGUAGUCAGCAGGUUGUUGUGUUAUACAGUACUGGAGGUCUCUAUCUGUAGUCAGCAGGUUGUUGUGUUGUACAGUACUGGAGGUCUCUCUCUGUAGUCAGCAGGUUGUUGUGUUAUACAGUACUGGAGGUCUCUAUCUGUAGUCAGCAGGUUGUUGUGUUGUACAGUACUGGAGGUCUCUCUCUGUAGUCAGCAGGUUGUUGUGUUAUACAGUACUGGAGGUCUAUAUCUGUAGUCAGCAGAUUGUUGUUGUAUAGUACUGGAGGUCUCUCUCUGUAGUCAGCAGGUUGUUGUUGUACAGUACUGGAGGUCUCUCUCUGUAGUCAGCAGGUUGUUGUGUUAUACAGUACUGGAGGUCUCUAUCUGUAGUCAGCAGGUUGUUGUGUUAUACAGUACUGGAGGUCUCUCUGUAUUCAGCAGGUUGUUGUGUUGUACAGUACUGGAGGUCUCUAUCUGUAGUCAGCAGGUUGUUGUGUUGUACAGUACUGGAGGUCUCUCUCUGUAGUCAGCAGGUUGUUGUGUUAUACAGUACUGGAGGUCUCUCUGUAUUCAGCAGGUUGUUGUGUUGUACAGUACUGGAGGUCUCUCUCUGUGUGACAGAACUGGGAGGCUACUGUAUGACUGUUCCCAUUGUGUGCUGGGAAGUUGGCACGGGACUGUUCUACAGUAGCCGUGUGUGUUUAUAUGUGUGUCCUGAUUUGACAUUCUCAGCAUAGGAGAUGAGAUUGGUCUGCGCAUCAGGGCCUGCACGAUACCAGCUUAUACUUCCCCUACUUUCAAGCAAAGUGUGUGUGGUGUCUUCACCCUACCCUAGUAGAAUGCGUAUAUCUCCCUGUGUGCAUGUAUGUAUGUUCUGUUUACUGUACAUAUAGCAUAACGUGUGUGUGUGUGUGUGUGUUGUCCAAUGAUUUCCCCCUACAGUUUAGCAGAAUGUGUGUAUGUGCAUGUUAUCUUUACUGUACAUAUAGCAUAAAGUCUGUGCGUGUGUUGUCCAAUGAUUUUGUGUGUUCUCUUGCAGUUGGAGAUUCACCUUUUACCUUUUUGCUUUCAUUGCUGGCCUGGCUGCCCUCGUCGACGUGAGUACUGCUGUUUCACCUUUGACCUUUAAAUUAAAGUGUAACAGGAUACUAAGAUAGAAUAGAAGCCUUGUGAACAGCAGUGCUGGUUAUAUCAGGGACAACUGAGUAUAAAAUGUAAUGUUUUUAUAACAUGAUUAAUAAAGAACUUACGAAUGACACCGGAAGAGAAUUAUAAAGCCAAAUUAAUAUAUAGAGUGAAAAUGAUUUAUCACUUCUUCUGUUUCAAUGCUGUAUUUCUCUGUGACUGAAAUUAGAACUGUCCAAUUUAUGUAUGCCUCUCUCUUUCUCUCAGAAACCCUGGCUGUAUGACUUUAAGGAGAUGUGGCAGGGCUUCCCUAUUCUGGUAUGUCCCUCUGGUUAUUGAUGAGUGGUAACUAAUACAUUGUAACAUAGGAAAGUCAUUGGAAGGCAUAAAUCAUAAUCAAUCAUAUCAUGUUAUGUCCAGUGUUUGACUGUGUUCAGACAGCAUAUUAUGGAAGUGUCAAUGUAUGUUAUUGAUAUUAUCUUGCUCUUUCUCUCUCUCUCCCCCCUAUUUUCUCCCCAUCCCAUCUCUCUCUCCAUCCCUCCAUCUCUCAUCUCUCCCCCAGACUCUCCUGCCGUCUCAGUAUUGGUACUAUAUGAUAGAGCUGGGUUUCUACGGCUCUCUAAUCUUUAGUGUGGCGUCAGAUGUCAAACGGAAAGUAAGUGUGCACCAUGCCUGCUCUAUAAAACACACUAUGCUUGUAACAAUCAAGUAUACAGUAUACAAAUGAACCACUAAAAAUGGUGGUACAGAAUCCCUUUACUUACAGUCCUAUUCACUUUAAGAGUCAGUCAAUUACAGCACGCAGAUCAUCCAAAUAUUCUUCCAUACAGGGGGAGUAGAGUUUACAAUAUCAGGGAUAGUGGUUAACCAAGCCUGCACACUCUGUUAGCUACAAGUGAUUCAUUGAAAGCAGUAAGCAAGUCUUUCCGAUCACUUUCCUGCUGUUGGCAUGGUGUUGACUUUGUGCUGACGACCAGGGGUUACUGUCAUGGCACUGAUGACAGUGUCAGUGUGUAUAGGGACAGGGGGCAGGGGGCUACUGCAGGAGGUGGACAUUAGACUGAUAUGACGUGUUUGUGUGUGUGGAGCCGGAGGUUUAAAGGGGAGUUUGUCAGUGGACUCUGCUCCACUAGGGCAGGUCAGUACAGACAGCAUGUACAGUACCAGUCAAAAGUUUGGACACACCUACUCAUUCAAAGGUUUUUAUUUUUACUAUUUUCUACAUUGUAGAAUAAUAGUGAAGACAUCAAAACUAUGAAAUAACACAUAUGGAAUCAUGUAGUAACCAAAAAAGUGUUAAACAAAUCAGAAUAUUGUGAUGAGGUGGUGUUGAAGCAACGACCAGGAUGGUGGUGUUACCUUGGGAGAGGGGAAGAUCAGUUAGAAAAUCCACACUUAGGUGAGACCAUGGUCGUUGUGGAACUGGUAAAGGUUGUAACUUACCAGCUGGGAGGUGCCUGAAAUGCGAUCUCCCUCCAUCUCCACACCUGAGGUGGAAAUGUGGUAUCCAAGGAAGGAGACGGACUGCUGGAAAAACAUACACUUCUCUGCCUUAGCAUAAAGGUAAUUUUCCAACAGUCGGGCCAGCACCUUGCGAACCAGGGAUACAUGCUCGGCACGCGUAGCGGAAUACACCAUGAUGUCAUCGAUGAAACACCUCGUUCACAAAGGACUGGAAAACUGAAGGAGCAUUCAUCAAACCAUAGGGCAUCACCAGGUAUUCAUAAUGCCCCGUGGUUGUGCUGAAUGCUGUCUUCCACUCAUCUCCUUCUCGGAUACGUACCAGGUUGUACGCACUCCUGAGAUCUAAUUUGGUAAAGAAGCGCGCCCCAUGCAUUGAUUCAAUCACUGAAGGAAUGAGGGGGAGAGGAUAACUAAAUCUUAUCGUCUCCCUGUUCAGUGGUCGAUAAUCAAUGCACGGGCGCAGACCUCCGUCCUUCUUCUUCACAAAGAAGAAACUCGAGGAGGCGGUUGAAGUGGAGGGACGUAUAUAUCCCUGGCGCAGGGACUCGGUGACAUAUAUCUCCAUAGCCACCGUUUCAGCCUGUGACGGGGUAUAUAUGACUCCUGGGAGGUACAGCGUCUACCCGGAGGUUUAUCGCGCAAUCCCCCGCCCGAUGAGGUCAUAACUUAGUCGCCUGCGUUUUAGAGAACGCUUGCGCCAGAUCGAGGUAGUCAGGGGGAAUGUGCACGGUGGAGGUACUGUCUGGACUUUCCACCGUAGUUGCACCAACGGCAACACCUAGACACCUAUCCUGACACUCUCGCGACCACCCCGUGAGAACCCUCUGCGGCCAUGAGAAGGUGGGGUUGUGGAGUGCUAGCCAAGGGAUACCUAAUACCACAGGGAAAGCAGGAGACUCAAUGAUGGAAAAAGUAACCUGCUCACAAUUAGUCUCCUCGGUAAUCAUGGUGACUGGUGCAGUAAAUUCCUUAACCAACCCGGACCCUAAUGGUCGACUAUCAAGUGCUCUGAUUGGGCGUGGAAUGGAUAGGGGAAUCAAUGGAAUGCCUAUACGGUGUGCGAAUGCCCUGUCCAUAAAGUUCCCAGCUGUGCCUGAAUCGACUAGCGCCUUACACUGGGGAACUACCAUGUGCUCAGGAAAGGAGAUGUGUAUUUUACAGUGCGCAGCAGAGGGCUCUGAACGAGUGUGGGUGUUCGAUACCUGGGGUGAUGCGAGAGUGCCCUGCCUGCCACCUCCAAACCCAGAAGAGCAUUGACGAAAACGUGUGGUGAAAUGUCCCUUCGCGCCACCAGUGUGGCAUUGGCGCUGUCGUCCUCCGCUCUCUCGGCUAGCGGUUCCACCAAUCUCCAUCCAUUCUGGAUCCGAGUCGGCCGGGAUGGAAACGGGCAGACCUCCUCCAGGACGUCCUCUGGUUGCCAGCAGGUUGUCCAAACGAAUGGCCAUGUCCACCAGUUGCGAGAAGGACAUGGUGUCACGGCAGGCUAGCUCCCGUCGGACGACCUCUCGCAGAUGACACCAGAAAUGGUCGAUCAGGGCCCGCUAGUUCCACCCGGACCCAGCUACCAGAGUUCAAAACUCCAAUGCGAAGUCCUGCGCAGUCCUCGUCCCCUGCCUCAGGUGGACCAGCCACUCGUCCACCUCUCGACCCUCGGGCGGGUGAUCGAAGACCGCCCGGAAGAGGCGCGCGAACUCCCCGUAGUUCUCCAACGCGGCUCCUCCUUCGUUCCACACCGCAUUGGCCCACUCCAAGGCUUUCCCCGAGAGGCAGGAGACGAGGGCGGACACCCUCUCCCGCUCUGAUGGGACCGGCCGGAUGCUGGAGAAGUAGAGCUCCAGUUGGAGAAGGAAUCCUUCGGCACAGCGCCGCUGUCCCGUCGAACUCCCAUGGUCGGGAUAUCUGGAUCCCUCCGGGUGCUGGGGUGUAGGUGGCGGGAUCCGGUUGGCCAGCUGGUCUCGACGGAUCGGGCUUUCUCCUCUCCAGGCGUUGGACGACCUGAAGAACCCGAUCCAUCGCUUCACCCAAGCUGGCUAGCAUAGUUGAAUGCUCCUGGACCUGUUCCACAACUCCAGGCAUGCGCGUCUCUCCCGCUGACUCCAUAUCGGGUGGGUGAUUCUGUGGUGAGGUGGUGUUGAAGGAGUCAGGCGCAGGAGGGUAAAUCACAUCCUCCACAAGGAGAGCCAGUUUCAUCAUAGCGCAUGAUGGUUGUUGCGACUGCACUUGAAGAAACUUUAAAAGUUAUUGAAAUGUUCCAGAUUGACUGACCUUCAUGUCUUAAAGUAAUGAUGGACUGUCGUUUCUCUUUGCUUAUUUGAGCUGUUCUUGCCAUAAUAUGGACUUGGUCUUUUACCAAAUAGGGCUAUCUUCUGUAUACCCCCCCUACCUUGUCACAACACUACUGAUUGGCUCAAAUGCAUUAAGAAGAAAAUAAAUUCCACAAAUUAACUUUUAAGAAGGCACACCUGUUAAUUGAAAUGCAUUUCAGGUGACUACCUCAUGAAGCUGGUUGAGAGAAUGCCAAGUGUGCAAAGCUGUCAUCAAGGCAAAGGGUGGCUAUUUGAAGAAUUUCAAAUAUAAAAUAUAUUUUGAUUCGUUUGACACUUCUUUGGUUACUACAGUGAGGGAAAAAAGUAUUUGAUCCCAUGCUGAUUUUGUACGUUUGCCCACUGACAAAGAAAUGAUCAGUCUAUAAUUUUAAUGGUAGGUUUAUUUCAACAGUGAGAGACAGAAUAACAACAAAAAAAUCCAGAAAAACUCAUGUCAAAAAUGUUAUAAAUUGAUUUGCAUUUUAAUGAGGGAAAUAAGUAUUUGACCCCCUCUCAAUCAGAAAGAUUUCUGGCUCCCAGGUGUCUUUUAUACAGGUAAUGAGCUGAGAUUAGGAGCACACUCUUAAAGGGAGUGCUCCUAAUCUCAGUUUGUUACCUGUAUAAAAGACACCUGUCCACAGAAGCAAUCAAUCAAUCAGAUUCCAAAUUCUCCACCAUGGCCAAGACCAGGGACAAGAUUGUAGACCUACACAAGGCUGGAAUGGGCUACAAGACCAUCGCCAAGCAGCUUGGUGAGAAGGUGACAACAGUUGGUGCGAUUAUUUGCAAAUGGAAGAAACACAAAAUAACUGUCAAUCUCCCUCGGCCUGGGGCUCCAUGCAAGAUCUCACCUCGUGGAGUUGCAAUGAUCAUGAGAACGGUGAGGAAUCAGCCCAGAACUACACGGGAGGAUCUUGUCAAUGAUCUCAAGGCAGCUGGGACCAUAGUCACCAAGAAAACAAUUGGUAACACACUACGCCGUGAAGGACAGAAAUCCUGCAGCGCCCGCAAGGUCCCCCUGCUCAAGAAAGCACAUAUACAGGCCCGUCUGAAGUUUGCCAAUGAACAUCUGAAUGAUUCAGAGGAGAACUGGGUGAAAGUGUUGUGGUCAGAUGAGACCAAAAUCGAGCUCUUUGGCAUCAACUCAACUCGCCGUGUUUGGAGGAGGAGGAAUGCUGCCUAUGACCCCAAGAACACCAUCCCCACCGUCAAACAUGGAGGUGGAAAGAUUAUGCUUUGGGGGUGUUUUUCUGCUAAGGGGACAGGACAACUUCACCGCAUCAAAGGGAUGAUGGACGGGGCCAUGUACCGUCAAAUCUUGGGUGAGAACCUCCUUCCCUCAGCCAGGGCAUUGAAAAUGGGUCGUGGAUGGGUAUUUCAGCAUGACAAUGACCCAAAACACACGGCCAAGGCAACAAAGGAGUGGCUCAAGAAGAAGCACAUUAAGGUCCUGGAGUGGCCUAGCCAGUCUCCAGACCUUAAUCCCAUAGAAAAUCUGUGGAGGGAGCUGAAGGUUCGAGUUGCCAAACGUCAGCCUCGAAACCUUAAUGACUUGGAGAAGAUCUGCAAAGAGGAGUGGGACAAAAUCCCUCCUGAGAUGUGUGCAAACCUGGUGGCCAACUACAAGAAACGUCUGACCUCUGUGAUUGCCAACAAGGGUUUUGCCACCAAGUACUAAGUAAUGUUUUGCAGAGGGGUCAAAUACUUAUUUUUCUACAAAUCAAUUUAUAACAUUUUUGACAUGCGUUUUUCUGGAUUUUUGUUUUGUUAUUCUGUCUCUCACUGUUCAAAUAAACAUACGAUUACAAUUAUAGACUGAUCAUGUCUUUGUCAGUGGGCAAACGUACAAAAUCAGCAGGGGAUCAAAUACUUUUUUCCCUCACUGUACAUGAUUCCAUAUGUGUUAUUUCACAGUUUUGAUGUCUUCACUAUUAUUCUACAAUGUACAAAAUUGUACAAAUAAAGAAAAACCCUUGAAUGAGUAGGUGUGUCCAAACUUUUGGCUGUUAGCCCCUCUGCCAUGAUUUACUAUAGUGUGUGUGUGCGUGUAUGUGUGUGUGCGCACGUGCAUGCGUGCAGUUGUGUGUGUGUGUGUGUGUGAAGGAACAGAAUGUUAUCAUGUUAUCAAGGUAACAAAACACAACCUCUAACCUCCUCUCUCUCUCUUUCCUUCCAUCUUUCUCUCCCUCCCUUUCUCUCUGUAGGACUUUAAGGAGCAGAUGGUUCACCAUAUGGCCACCAUCUUCCUCAUCAGUUUCUCCUGGUGUGUCAACUACAUCAGAGCGGGCACGCUCAUCAUGCUGCUGCACGACUCCUCCGACUAUUUACUGGAGGUACAACCAAUUACAGCGGAGCUGGGUCACCGACAUAACAUGAUAAUAAUAUCACUGCCAUGAUAUGAUAAUAAUAUGGUGAUUUAGUAGUUGCUGUUAUCAAAAACAACUUACAGUUAUCACAUGUAGUUUGUAUGUGGGGCCCACAGGGGAAUCACCCACAAGGAAAUCCCAUUUUAUUUGAUAAACCAAGAAGUGUGGUCCUCUGUAGCUCAGCUGGUAGAGCACGGCGCUUGUAACGCCAAGGUAGUGGGUUCGAUCCCCGGGACCACCCAUACACAAAAAUGUAUGCACGCAUGACUCUAAGUCGCUUUGGAUAAAAGCGUCUGCUAAAUGGCAUAUUAUUAUUUUUAUUAUUAUAAGUGGACAAAGUACUGCUGAUAUUGGAGAAGAGGAGAUAUGGAAAGAUUUAGUACUGUCACCUGGUGGAAAAGAUAUGACAUUACAACUAUUCUAACAACAACCUUUCUCUAUCUCUCUCUCCCCCUCUAUCUCUCUGACAGUCUGCUAAGAUAUUCAUCUAUGCUGGAUGGAGAAACACCAGUAACUACGUCUUCUUCCUCUUCGCUACCGUCUUCAUCUUCACUAGACUCUAUAUCUUCCCCUUCUAGUGAGAAGACAACUGCACACUCCCACCACACACCAAUGAUCUAACUCUCUCACACCAAUUCUGAUUAGCAUCAUAAAUGUCUGUUAAUUGUCUGUUAGUUGUUACUGAUGUUAUCCUCUCUUUUUGCCCCCCCCCACCCCCACCCCUCUCUCUCUCUCUCUCAGCAUCAUUUAUGCUACGUACGUUUAUCCAUUGACUAUGUACUCUCCAUUCUUUGGAUACUACUUCCUGAAUGUCCUUAUGAUGGUGCUGCAGUGUCUACAUAUCUUCUGGGCCAUCCUCAUUCUGCGUAUGGCUGUCCGCUUCCUGAGCAGCGAUGUAUGUACACACACAUCCUGACAACACUGCACACACAAUCCAGUGUAUCUUUGUUUGUCUUGUAUGUGAGAGAGAAGUGAAUAUGUGGGAAACAGAUGUAGAGACCUAGAGAGACUGGGAGCGGAGGGGUGGGUGGAGGAGAGAGAAAGUUUAUUUAGAAAUCACGAAUUGAUAUGUGUUGGAAAGCCCAGCUGAUAAAGAGCAGAAGUCGGGUUUGGAUCCAGUUUGGGGAAAGGAAAAUUAAUGUCUCUGGACAGAUGACCUAUUUCUAAACACACCUCUCUUUCCCUCCUUCCUUUUGCUUCAGGAAAAGGUAGAGGACGAGAGGAGCGAUAAAGAAGAGACGGACGAGUCAGGGGAGGAAGAGGAGGAGGUGAAGAAGAAAGGCGCUGUGCAGAACGGUGACGCCACUCACAACAACCACCGCAAGACAGAGUAA